CCGCGGGCCGGGCAGGUCGGCGCGGCCGGCUCGCAGCGCGGGAUCCCCGCGGAGCAGGUGCGGGCCGCGCACGCCGACUGGAGGAAUGGGUCCAGAAUGGUGCAAGUGCUUUGGGCAUCAACUCUUACCUGGAGAGAGAAACUCACACAUUUCCAGGAGGAGCAUCGACCCAGGCAAGGGCCCACCUGGGAUGGGGCUGGCAUCAAGGUAAAUCACAUGGAUGAUGCUGAAAGUGUAGCAAAAGGCAGGCAAAGUCGUUGACCAGCACCUUUUGCUCACUUGGCUGGACAAACCCGUCUCAAUAGUGCUGCCAUCCAACAAGUGGAGGGAAUAAAUCCACCACGUCCACACCCCAGCUCUGAGUGAAUGGAAAUGUAUCAUCAAGGUGAAGGAACAGACAAGGCACCUCUGUCGAAGAGCCUUUUGCUGGUCCCCAGCGCCCUGUCCCUUCUGCUGGCUCUGCUGCUGCCUCACUGUCAGAAGUUCUUUGUCUAUGACCUCCAUGCAGUCAAGAACGACUUCCAGAUUUGGAGAUUGAUUUGUGGAAGAAUAAUUUGCCUUGAUCUGAAAGAUACUUUCUGCAGCAGUCUGCUUAUUUAUAAUUUUAGGAUAUUUGAAAGAAGAUAUGGAAGCAGAAAAUUUGCUUCCUUUUUGCUUGGUUCCUGGGUUUUGUCAGCCUUGUUUGAUUUUAUUCUUGUGGAAGCUAUGCAGUUUUCAUUUGGUAUUACUGCAGCCAGUAAUUUGCCUUCUGGAUUCCUGGCGCCUGUGUUUGCUCUGUUUGUACCAUUUUACUGCUCCAUACCAAGAGUCCAAGUGGCACAAAUUCUGGGCCCGUUGUCCAUCACAAACAAGACAUUGAUUUAUAUAUUGGGACUACAGCUUUUCACCUCUGGUUCCUACAUCUGGAUUGUAGCCAUAAGUGGACUUGUUUCCGGAAUGUGCUAUGAUAGCAAAAUGCUCCAGGUUCACCAGGUGCUCCGUGUCCCCAGCUGGAUGGCAAAGUUCUUUUCUAGGACACUUGAGCCCAUCUUCUCGUCUUCAGAACCCACCAGCGAAGCUAGGAUUGGGAUGGGAGCCACUGUGGACAUCCAGAGACAGCAAAGAAUGGAGCUGCUGGAUCGGCAGCUGAUGCUCUCCCAGUUCGCACAAGUGAGGCGACAGAGGCAGCAGCAGGGAGGAAUGAUCAAUUGGAAUCGGCUGUUCCCCCCGUUACGUCAGCGGCGGAAUAUAAACUUCCCGGAUGGCCGGCGGUCUGAACAGCAGGCGUCCCCUCCUCUGGAGGUUUCUGAGGAGCAGGUGGCGAGGCUCAUGGAGAUGGGAUUUUCCAGAGGCGAUGCCCUGGAAGCCCUGAGAGCUUCAAAUAACGACCUCAACGUGGCCACCAACUUCCUGCUGCAGCACUGACCGCCCUGCCCAGUGACAGUGGCGUGGUCCCCACCACGCUCUCAUGGGGAGAAGGUGGCCCCACUGCACCGUCCUUAACUGCGAGAUUGUUACUGUUUUAGUAUCAAAAUAAGUUUGCCAUUAAAUUAGCAUGUAUUUUCUAUCUUUA